GCGCCGCCUGCCGCACCGCCUCAUCGUCCUCACCCUCAUGUGUUUCCUGGGCUUCGGCAGCUACUUCUGCUACGACAACCCGGCGGCGCUCCAAACGCAGGUGCAGCGGGACAUGAAGAUGAACACAGCCCAGUUCAUGACACUUUAUGCCUGGUAUUCCUGGCCCAACGUGGUCCUCUGCUUCUUUGGAGGCUUUCUGAUAGACAGAGUGUUUGGGAUACGGUUGGGCACAAUAAUAUUCAGCAUCUUUGUUUGUGUUGGCCAGGUGAUUUUUGCUUUGGGAGCACUGUUUAAUGCUUUCUGGCUGAUGGAUGCAGGUAGAUUCAUAUUUGGAAUAGGUGGAGAGUCCUUGGCAGUGGCACAGAACACCUAUGCAGUCAGUUGGUUUAAAGGCAAGGAGUUAAAUCUUGUGUUUGGAUUACAGCUGAGCAUGGCCAGGAUUGGGAGCACAGUCAACAUGAACAUCAUGGCAUGGAUCUACUCCAGAGUUCAAGAUCUUGUGGGCUAUGCUGGUCCCAGUACUCUUGGGCUGACUCUCAUGAUAGGUGGUGUCACAUGCCUCUUUUCACUCUCCUGUGCAUUAAUCCUGGCUUACCUGGACAGGAGAGCAGAGAAGCUGCUCUGUAAAGAGCAAGGGAAAACAGGUGAAGUGAUUAAGCUAACAGAUGUGAAGGACUUCUCUCUGUCCUUGUGGCUUAUAUUUGUCAUCUGUGUCUGUUACUAUGCAGCAGUCUUUCCUUUCAUUGGACUUGGAAAGGUUUUCUUUAUUGAGAAAUUCAAAUUCUCCCCUCAAGAAGCAAGUGCAAUUAACAGCAUUGUCUAUAUCAUCUCAGCACCCAUGUCCCCAGUCUUUGGAUUGUUGGUGGAUAAAGUUGGCAGGAAUAUCAUCUGGGUUUCAUGUGCUGUGGUGACCACACUUGCCUCUCAUAUCAUGUUGGCUUUUACCUUCUGGAACCCUUGGAUAGCAAUGUGUUUGCUAGGAGUGGCCUACUCAUUGCUGGCCUGUGCCCUGUGGCCCAUGGUGGCCUAUGUUGUUCCAGAACACCAGCUGGGAACUGCUUAUGGCUUCAUGCAGUCCAUCCAGAACCUUGGCCUGGCCAUCAUUGCUAUAGCAGCUGGGAUGAUUCUGGACACCAGUGGCUACUUGUUUCUUGAAGUCUUCUUCAGUGCUUGUGUUUGUUUGUCACUAAUAGCUGUGGUCAUGCUGUAUUUUGUGAAUCACCUCACAGGUGGUGAUCUCAACUGGUCUGCAAAGAAAAGGGAAAAGGUGCAAAAAGUUGCUGCAGCUGAAGCAGAAGAACAAGAGAGGCUCAGACGUCAAACUGAAGAUGACUUGGCUAAAUUGCAGCCAAAAGCUGAUGACUUUAGUUUCAGGAAUAAAUACCUCUCCAAACUAGGAGCUCAGCUACCAGAUAAUUACUCAUCCUAUUUCUCAACAAUGGCACACAGAAGCGUGCUGAAGUAGCAUGGGGGAAGGAAGCUCCUGGGCCACAAAACCUUUGUUCCUGGUAUUGACAGCAUCCAGCAGAACCAUGCACUGCACUUUUCUGCAAGCCUAAAUCUUUUUUUUUUUUUUUUUCAUCACUU